GAGACUAAUCGCCAUGAAUGAUCAAGGACAGGAAUUGUGGGUAAUCUCGAUUUGCAAAAUGGCGCCGUCCUUCGAAGACGGAACACUUGUGCCGAUAAUUACGUUUUGACAACAAUGUGAAUGGGUUACGGCAGCGUUUUGCUGCCAAAGAGUUUUAACAGUUAUGACCGUUGAACACCCCUCAUCCGCCAAAAAGGUUAUAGUCAAUGACGAGAAGGUGUCUCAACUCAAAGAGGCUACUGGUGCAACUUACGAACAAGCCAACCAAGCCUACAUUGCUAGUAAUCACGACAUAGGACGUGCCGUAUCCAUUUUAACUGACCAACAGGAUCAUAGUGCUUCAUAUAAGGGUGUUGCAAACCAAACAGGAACACAAACCUUUAUUGGACCACAAAAACCAGAAACAGAUGUAAUUGACCUGACAAAGGAAAAUGAAGACCUAGACUUGGCCAUUGCACUCAGUUUGAGAGAGGCACAGGGAAUUACUGUAGAAGAACAGGAUAUUAGCAGGGUUUUAGAGGCAAGUUUAGCUGAGAACAAAUCUGGACUGAAAAGAAAGAGAGGCGAUCCUUGGGUGAGAUUUGUCGAUCCUGUGAACCCUUAUGAACGGCAACGGCAAGAUGGGUGUCCUGUGGGCUUGAAGAAUGUUGGAAACACUUGUUGGUUUAGUGCUGUGAUACAGUCUUUGUUUCAUCUUCCUGUUUUUCGACGUCUGGUUCUGUACUAUACUCCACCAUUAGAUCCUCAAGAGAAACAAGAGGAUGGUUAUCGUGUUUCCUUCAUGACUGAACUACGAAUCCUAUUUGCAUUAAUGCUUGGUAGUAAAAGAAAAUAUGUGGACCCAACCAAGGCUGUGCAGAUCUUAAAGGAAGCUCUGAAAUAUAAUGGCAGUGAAAGCAAUCCUGGUAAUCAGCAGGAUGUUAGUGAGUUUACUCACAAGCUGCUGGAGUGGCUGGAAGACUCAUUUAAAGUAAACCACAACAACAGUGCAAAGAACAUGCCAAAAAGAAGUGGUAAUGAUCUCAAUCCAGUUGUUGAACUGUUUUUUGGACAAUCAAAUGUGGAAGGUGUUUAUGAAGGGAAGACGUUCAGCAAAAAGGAAACAUUCGGCGCAUUUCCUCUUCAAGUUCAGGGGUAUGGUGACCUUCAUGAUAGUUUAGAGGGAGCCAUGGCUCAAGUGGAGAUUGAGCCUGUUGGACCUGAGGGAUCUCACAAGUCUGGACAAGAGCACUGGUUCACUGGUCUUCCAGUUGUACUGAAGUUUAUGCUCUCCAGAUUCCUGUUUAAUCAAUCAACUGGCCGAGCAGAGAAAAUCCACGAGAGGUUCUUGUUUGACCGUGUUAUCUUCAUGGAUCGGUACAUGGAGGGUAACAAGGAAGUUACGCGAAGAUACAGGGAGGAGGUAAAGAAGCUGAAAGAGAGAAGAACCAAGCUUAAAAACAGCCUUGAAAAGUACCUUAAGUACGGACAAGGAUCCAAGCGCUGUCCAAUCCAAGACGUACUAGAGAGCACCAUGACUUUUGUACAUAGCACACCCCCCUCUAGCGACGAACUCGACUCUGAUGUAGAUGUAGACAUGAAAACUCCAAUUUCUGGCUCACCCACCUCCAUGAGCACUUCGGGUAUGGCGACAGAUACACACACAUCCACCCCCUCACCGUGCCCUUUGUCCGAGGUACGGUGGAACCCCGCCCCGCGUCACGUGACAGAAACAGAAGUGGCUGUGUUGGAGGGGUGUCUAAGACGCUGGAGACAAGAGAUGGAGCAGGAUGUUAAAGAUCUCAACGCCCAUCUUCGAGAAACAGAAGACGUUAUAUCGACUAUAUAUGAUGAUGCAAGUCUUAAAAAGUUGCCGUACCGUCUGCACGCAGUUCUUGUCCACGAGGGUCAAGCAUCAGGCGGCCAUUACUGGGCGUACAUUCAAGAUCCUAACCAACAGAGGUGGUGCAAAUUCAAUGACAUCACUGUCAGCGAGGUCACGUGGGACGAGGUAUCCCGUGAGUCACUGGGCGGCUUUCGUCACGUGAGUGCGUACUGUCUGAUGUAUAUUGACGCUCGGCGCGAGGGCUGUAUCGGCGCCGGCGGUAGCAUUCAGGAGCUGCCAGCGGACUUGCAGGAGCUCGUUGAUAAAGACAAUGCGGAGUUUGAAAAUGAGAUGAGAGACUGGGACGAGAAGCAGCUGAAUAAAGCGGCUGCUGCGGAAAACCAAUGUAAAUCCAUAGUUCCCAGACCAGACGUUGUCAUCGAUGCCGAAUCUUGUACCCAGACUCCUGACGCAUCUGAAACUGAUGAGGAAUCUUCUCUGAACUCACUGCUAGAUGCUGCAAGGAGUCUGGGCGUGGAAGAAGCUCUGACAAAAUGGUGCAUUCAGCAACGGACCCGCCUGGAGAGGCUCGCCCGUGAAUACUCGCAUGAGUACCCUGGAGAUGUGCGCCUAGAGCACUUCGCCAUCUACCUCAUGAAAUGUAAAGCUCCCGAACAUACAAUCAGCUUGGGGAUACUGGAACAAAUUGUGGAAGAUAUUAGGACACAAGAAGAAACUCUCCUUAUGGUGAAACAGUGCGGACAGAAUCGAUUGAAUGCCGAGAGAGAAGGAGCAAAUCUUGAAUUUCAGACCUGGAAAGAACAAUAUACUUUGUUUCAAAAAGUUAACUCUUGUUUCCUCACGGGCCUUGAGCAUCUGCACAGUAACAAUUGUCGUAAAGCAUUACCAUAUUUGGUACACGCGUGCAACCUCAAUUCCAAGCUACUCAACCCAGGCAACCCCGGCCAAGCCAUGAACGUACAGCUGCUGACCCACUGGCGGCGCGUGUGUUUUCUCCGCUUGAAUGAAUUGGCGGUGGGGAUGUUUAAAAGCAGCGAUUGGAAAUCUGUGUGCGGCGGACUGGAACUAGUCAGCGAACUGGUCGUGCCGUGUAUUCGUAGACUCAGCGUCUCGCCCCAGGUCAUGUCCGUGGUUUUGUCACGCAACAUUUUUCCAAACGAGGACUGCGUGACAAGCCAAAGUUUUUGUCUCCUCCCAUUACCCGUGCCUGACGUUUUGAGGACUAUCUUAGUUACAGCAGUUCCAAUGAGAAUGAAAUUGUCUUUUUCGUCUCCUUUAGAUCGCCAUCGUGCCAAGCUUGAAGAGUAUCUGCCUAAGUUGCUUGACGUCACAAACGAAUCUUGCCCCGAAAUCAAACCGCCGCCGGUCAUACGACCGACCAGCUCACGUGAUCUGUGCGAUCGAUUCGUCCGAGCUAUGGAACUGGUCAACGCAAAGCCUGCUGCUUUUACAACGUAGCGAAGCAGGGCCGACGGAAAACCGAAGCCUGUGGAAAACUUUCCGGCGUUUUCCGAAGACUGUCGGAAGCAAGAUUCCCAUAUUAAAAAAACAACAACAGCAACAGCAAAUAUCAACGAAAACCUCACCGUCACAAAGAUAUCACCAAGAAGCUUCCGAAGCCAGCCGAACAUCUCCCGACACAUUAUGACUCUUGAACAAUGUGUUCGAGCCUUAAUUACGCCUUCAUUUGAAAACGUUACUGUUCAGUAUGUAAGGUCUUUUUACCUACCCAAUCCACGUGUACUCGUUGCAUUCUUUAAAGUCGUUUUUCUCUCAUCUAGCUUUUGUCAAAGGUAUUACCGUCUUUCUCAUGGGGAAAAGUCUACAGUGGCCUGGUGCCUUUUUACAGUGUUUUUAACGUGUGAUGGUUUUUUCUGUACAUACAGCGGCACUGAAGAAAGUUAAGGUAUAUUUAAGAAUUUUCGAGCCAAACGCGUUUGUUUGAAUUAAAUAAACUGUCUUCGGAUUUGAAAGAA